AUGGAGAAGGAGGAGGAGACCACCCGGGAGCUGUUGCUGCCCAACUGGCAGGGCAGCGGCUCCCAUGGGCUGACCAUCGCCCAGCGGGACGAUGGCGUCUUUGUGCAGGAGGUGAUGAGGAACUCCCCUGCGGCCCGCACUGGGGUGGUCAAGGAGGGGGACCAGAUUGUGGGUGCCACCAUCUACUUUGACAACCUGCAGUCGGGUGAGGUGACACAGCUGUUGAACACCAUGGGACAUCACACCGUGGGCCUGAAGCUGCAUCGCAAAGGCGACCGCUCUCCUGAGCCUGGCCAGACCUGGACCCACGAAGUCUUCAGCUCCCGCAGCAGCUCGGAAGUGGUUCUGAGCGGGGAUGAUGAGGAGUACCAGCGCAUCUACACCACCAAGAUCAAGCCUCGGCUCAGGUCGGAGGACGGAGUGGAAGGGGCCUCUGGGGAGACCCAGAGCCGCACCAUCACGGUGACCAGGAAGGUCACGGCCUACACCGUGGAUGUGACAGGCCGCGAAGGUGCCAAGGACAUCGACAUCAGCAGCCCUGAGUUCAAGAUCAAGAUCCCCAGGCAGGAAGUGACUGAGAUCUCCCGCGUGGAUGUGGAGAGCCAGCCCGGGAAGACUGUGAUCCGACUGCCCUCGGGGGCGGUGUCUCCAACCACAGGCUCCACUGUGGACAUCAGAGCAGGGGCCGGGGCUGCUUCAGGCCCAGAGCUCCAAGGCGUUGGCCAACCGAAGCUCCAGGUCACUGCACCUGGGAUAAAGGUGGGAAGCCCGGGUGUUGAUGUCAGUGUGAAGGGCUUGGACUUGGGUGGCAAAGGAGGCAUCCAGGUUCCGGGAAUGGACAUUUCAUCUUCUCAUGGGGGCGGCUCAGUCAGUGUGCAGGGCCCCACCCUUGAGAGUGGAGGCAGUGGGGAAAUUAAAAUCCCCACUCUGAAGAUACCCAAGUUUGGUGUCUCGACAGGGCCCGAGGGCCAGGCCCCGGAGGUAGGGCUGAAUGUUUCUGCACCCGAGUUUUCUGUGGGGCACAAGGGCAGCAAGCCAGGGCUGACCAUUGGUGGGAACAUCCAGGCCCCCCAGUUAGAAGUCAGUGCUCCUUCGGCCAGUAUGGAGGGCCUGGAGGGGAAGCUGAAAGGCCCUCACAUCACUGGGCCAUCCCUUGAGGGUGACCUGAGCCUGAAAGGUACCAGACCACAGGGGAGGAUAGACAUCUCUGUACCCAAAGUUGAGGGCAGUGUCACUGGACCCCGUGUGGAGGUCCAAGUCCCUGAUGCUGAUAUUCAAGGACCAGGGGGCAAACUGAAUAUGCCCAAGAUGAAAGUCCCCAAGUUCUCCGUGUCAGGUUCCGAGGGAGGAGCUGCAGUUGACGUGACACUGCCUACAGGUGAUGUGACUCUUCCUGGGGUCUCCGGGGAUGCCAGCCUGCCUGGGGUGACCCCUGGUGGUCUGGAAGGGAAGGUGAAGAGUGCCCACGUCAAGACUCCCGAGCUGAUUGUGCAGAAGCCUAAAAUCUCCAUGCAGGAUGUGGACCUGAGCCUUCGGUCUCCCAAACUGAAAGGAGACAUGAAAGUUUCUGCACCUGGCCUACAAGGUGAUGUCACUGGCCCUCAGGUGGCAGUUAAAGGCCCCAAAGUGGACAUAGAGGCACCUGGCCUAGAGGGGACGCUUACAGGUCCCAAGCUUAGCGGCCCUUCUGUGAAAACAGGGACCUGCAAGAUCUCUAUGGCUGACGUGGACUUAAAUGUAUCUGCCCCUAAAGUGAAAGGGGGCAUUGAUGUCACUCUUCCAAAAGCAGAGGGUCAAGUUAAAGCUCCUGCAGUUGAUGUGAAAGGCCCCAAAGUGGAUGUCAGUGGGCCAGAUGUGGAUGUUCACAGCCCAGAGUGGAACCUGAAAAUGCCCAAGUUCAGCACUCCUGGAGCCAAAGUGGGGAGUCCAGACGUCAGUGCCAGUCUACCAAGAGGAGAUGUCGGCAUUUCCGGGCCCAAGGUCAGCGUGGAAGCCCCGAAUGUGAACUUUGAGGGCCUGAGAGGCAAACUUAAAGGCCCUGAGGUUAAGCUGCCCGAAGUGAGCGUCAAGACACCAAAGAUCUCCGUGCCUGAUGUAGAUCUGCACGUCACAGGUACAAAAGUGAAGGGGGCAUAUGAUGUAACAGUGCCAAAGCUCGAAGGGGAACUGAAAGGCCCCAAAGUGGACAUUGACGCCCCCGAUGUGAAACUUCAUGGCCCAGAUUGGCAUCUGAAGAUGCCCAAGAUGAAGAUGCCCAAGUUUGGUGUGCCAGGGGUCAAAGCAGAGGUCCCUGAAGUGGACGUGAGCCUGCCUAAGGCCAAUGUGGGCAUUGCUGGGCCCCAGGUCGAUGUUGGUGCGCCAGAUGUGAGCAUCGAAGGACCAGAAGGGAAAUUGAAAGGACCCAAGUUUAAGAUGCCUGAGAUGAAUGUCAAAGGUCUAAAGGUAUCGGUACCUGACGUAGACUUACACUUGAAAGGCCCCAGAGUAAAGGGAGAGUAUGAUGUCACCGUGCCAAAGGUUGAAGGAGAGAUUAAAGUUCCUGACGUUGAACUUAAGAGUGCCAAAAUGGACAUUGAUACUCCAGAUGUGAACCUUCAAGGCCCAGACUGGCAUCCAAAGAUGCCCAAAAUGAAAAUGCCCAAGUUCAACAUGCCUGGUUUCAAGGCAGAGGUCCCAGAAGUGGACGUGAACCUGCCCAAGGCUGACGUGGAUGUUUCAGCACCUAAAGUGGAUGUUGACAUUCCAGAUGUGAACGUCGAAGGACUUGAUGGGAAGUUGAAGGGUCCCAAGUUUAAGAUACCUGAGAUGAACAUCAAAGCUCCCAAGAUCUCCAUGCCAGGGGUGGAUUUGCAUGUGAAAGGCCCCAAGGUAAAAGGAGAAUAUGAUGUUACUGUGCCCAAACUAGAAGGGGAGCUGAAAGAGCCACAUAGAGACAUCAGUGCCCCAGAUGUGGCGGUUCAUGGUCCUGAUUGGAACUUGAAGAUGCCAAAGAUGAAAAUGCCCAAAUUCAGCAUGCCCAGCCUCAAAGGAGAGGGCCCAGAAGUGGACGUGAACCUACCCAAGGCUGAUGUGGACAUUUCUGCACCCAAAGUAGAUAUUAGUGCUCCAGACGUGAGCUUUGAAGGCCCAGAAGGGAAGCUGAAAGGCCCCAAGUUCAAGAUGCCAGACAUGCACUUCAAGGCCCCCAAGAUGUCUCUUCCAGAUGUUGACCUGGAUCUUAAAGGACCCAAAGUGAAAGGCAAUCUAGAUGUGUCUGUACCAAAAGUAGAAGGUGAGAUGAAAGUUCCAGAUGUGGACAUCAAAGGACCCAAGGUAGAUAUUAAAGCACCAGAUGUAGAUGUUCAAGGUCCAGACUGGAGCCUGAAGAUGCCCAAGAUGAAAAUGCCCAAAUUCAGCAUGCCCAGCCUCAAAGGAGAGGGUCCAGAAGUGGACGUGAACCUGCCCAAGGCUGAUGUGGACAUUUCUGCACCCAAGGUAGAUAUCAGUGCUCCAGAUGUGAGCCUCGAAGGCCCAGAAGGGAAGCUGAAAGGCCCCAAGUUCAAGAUGCCAGACAUGCACUUCAAGGCCCCCAAGGUCUCCAUGCCAGAUGUGGACUUAAACUUGAAAGGUCCUAAAGUCAAAGGAGACGUGGAUAUUUCUGUGCCCAAGAUAGAAGGUGAAAUGAAAGUGCCAGAUGUGGACAUCAGAGGCCCCAAAGUAGAUAUCAGUACACCAGAUGUGGAUGUCCAUGGUCCAGACUGGAACUUGAAAAUGCCUAAGAUAAAAAUGCCCAAGUUCAGCAUGCCUGGCUUCAAAGGAGAGGGCCCGGAAGUGGACGUGAACCUGCCCAAGGCUGACAUUGACAUCUCAGGACCCAAAGUGGACAUUGAGGGACCUGAUGUGAGCUUAGAGGGCCCAGAAGGGAAACUGAAAGGUCCCAAGUUUAAGAUGCCAGACAUGCACUUCAAGGCCCCCAAGGCCUCCAUGCCGGAUGUGGAUCUAAAUCUUAAGGGGCCCAAACUGAAGGAUGAUGUGAAUGUGUCUUUGCCUGAAGUUGAGGGUGAAAUGAAAAUGCCAGAUGUGGACAUCAGAGGGCCUAAAGUGGACGUCAGUGCACCGGAUGUGGAUGUGUCUGUACCCAAGGUAGAAGGUGAAGUAAAAGUGCCGGAUGUGGACAUCAAAGGCCCCAAAGUGGACGUUGAUGUCCCAGAUGUGGAUGUUCAUGGCCCAGACUGGCACCUGAAGAUGCCCAAGGUGAAAAUGCCCAAGUUCAGCAUGCCUGGUUUCAAGGGAGAGGGCCCAGAAGUAGACGUGAACCUACCCAAGGCUGACAUUGACAUCUCAGGACCCAAAGUGGACAUUGAAGGCCCUGAUUUGGACAUUGAAGGCCCAGAAGGAAAAUUAAAAGGUUCCAAAUUUAAGAUGCCCAAGUUGAAUAUCAAAGCUCCCAAGAUUUCCAUGCCAGAUGUGGACUUGAAUUUGAAGGGACCCAAACUGAAAGGGGAGAUAGAUGGUUCUCUGCCAGAAGUAGAAGGUGAACUCAGGGGUCCACAAGUGGAUAUCAAAGGCCCCAGUGUGGAUGUGGAGAUGCCUGAUGUAAAUCUGGAAUGUCCUGAUGCAAAGCUGAAAGGCCCCAAGUUCAAGAUGCCAGACAUGCACUUCAAGGCCCCCAAGGUCUCCAUGCCGGAUGUGGACUUACACUUGAAAGGCCCCAAAGUCAAAGGGGAUGUGGAUGUUUCUGUACCAAAAUUGGAAGGUGAUUUGAAAGGUCCCAGUGUGGAUGUGGAGGUGCCAGAUGUUGAACUGGAAUGUCCUGAUGCCAAGUUGAAAGGUCCCAAAUUUAAGAUGCCAGACAUGCACUUCAAGGCCCCCAAGAUCUCCAUGCCUGAUGUGGACUUAAACUUGAAAGGCCCCAAAGUUAAAGGGGAUGUGGACUUGUCUGUACCCAAGGUAGAAGGUGAAGUGAAAGUGCCGGAUGUGGACAUCAAAGGCCCCAAAGUGGAUAUUGAUGUGCCAGAUGUGGAUGUUCAUGGCCCAGACUGGCACCUGAAGAUGCCUAAAAUAAAAAUGCCCAAGUUCAGCAUGCCUGGCUUCAAAGGAGAGGGCCCAGAAGUGGAUGUGAACCUGCCCAAGGCUGACAUUGAUGUCUCUGGGCCCAAGGUGGACAUUGAAGGUCCAGAUGUGAAUCUUGAGUGUCCAGAAGGGAAAUUGAAAGGUCCCAAGUUCAAGAUGCCAGACAUGCACUUCAAGACCCCCAAGAUCUCCAUGCCUGAUGUGGACUUACACUUGAAAGGCCCCAAAGUCAAAGGGGAUGUGGAUGUGUCUGUGCCAAAGUUGGAGGGAGAGUUGAAAGGCCCCAGUGUGGGUGUGGAGGUGCCCGAUGUUGAACUGGAAUGUCCUGAUGCCAAGUUGAAGGGUCCCAAGUUCAAGAUGCCAGACAUGCACUUCAAGGCCCCCAAGAUCUCCAUGCCUGAUGUGGACUUACACUUGAAAGGCCCCAAAGUCAAAGGGGAUGUGGAUGUGUCUGUACCCAAGGUAGAAGGUGAAGUGAAAGUGCCGGAUGUGGACAUCAGAGGCCCCAAAGUAGACAUCAAUGCUCCAGAUGUGGAUAUGCAUGGCCCAGACUGGCACUUGAAAAUGCCCAAGAUGAAAAUGCCUAAAUUCAGCAUGCCUGGCUUCAAAGCAGAGGGCCCAGAAGUGGAUAUAAACUUGCCCAAGACAGAUGUUGACAUUUCAGGCCCCAAGGUGGACAUUGAUGCACCAGAUGUUAGCAUUGAGGGCCCUGAUGGAAAAGUAAAAGGCCCGAGGUUCAGAAUGCCUGAGAUGCACUUCCACGCCCCCAAGAUAUCCAUGCCUGAUGUGGACUUCAACCUAAAGGGGCCUAAAAUCAAGGGAGAUGUUGAUAUUUCUGGCCCAAAGCUGGAAGGAGAGUUCAAGGGCCCCGAAUUGGAUGUCAAAGGCCCCAAAUUGGAUGUUGAUAUGCCAGAUGUAGCUGUGGAGGGCCCAGAGGGAAAAUGGAAAACUCCCAAGUUUAAGAUGCCAGAUAUGCAUUUUAAAGCGCCCAAAAUCUCCAUGCCAGAUGUUGAUUUGCAUUUAAAAACUCCCAAAAUAAAGGGAGAGGUGGAUAUGGAUGUUCCCAAAUUGGAAGGAGAUGUCAAAGUACCACAUGCAGACCUUAGUGGGCCAGACAUUAACAUUGAAGGACCAGAGGGCAAAUUGAAAGGUCCCAAGUUUAAGAUGCCUGACAUGCAUUUUAAAGCCCCCAAUAUUUCAAUGCCUGAUGUGGAUCUAAAUCUGAAAGGACCCAAAAUGAAAGGUGAUGUAGAUGUGUCUCUACCCAAGGUAGAAGGUGAAAUCAAAACACCAGAUGUGAACAUAAAAGGCCCCAAAGUAGAUAUAAAUGCUCCAGAAGUUCAUGGCCCAGAUUGGCACCUGAAGAUGCCCAAGAUGAAAAUGCCCAAGUUCAGCAUGCCUGGCUUCAAAGGUGAGGGCCCGGAAGUGGACAUGAACCUGCCCAAGGCUGACAUUGACAUCUCAGCACCCAAAGUGGACAUUGAGGGACCUGAUGUGAACAUUGAAGGUCCAGAUGCAAAACUGAAGAUUGAUGCACCAGAUGUGGAUGUCCAUGGCCCAGACUGGCACCUGAAGAUGCCCAAGAUGAAAAUGCCCAAGUUCCAUAUGCCUGGCUUCAAAGGAGAGGGCCCAGAAGUGGACAUGAACCUGCCCAAGGCUGAUAUUGACAUCUCAGGACCCAAAGUGGACAUUGAGGGACCUGAUGUGAACAUUGAAGGUCCAGAAGGAAAAUGGAAAAGUCCAAAGUUUAAAAUGCCUGAAAUGCAUUUUAAAACUCCAAAAAUAUCCUUGCCAGAGAUUGACCUUAAUCUUACUGGUCCCAAAGUAAAAGGAGAUGUGGAUGUUUCACUUCCCAAAGUAGAGGGAGAUCUGAAAGGCCCUGAAGUUGACAUCAAAGGCCCUAAAGUGGACAUUGAUGUCCCAGAUGUGGACGCUCAUGGUCCAGACUGGCACCUGAAGAUGCCCAAGGUGAAAAUGCCCAAGUUCAGCAUGCCUGGCUUCAAAGGUGAGGGCCCAGAAGUGGACGUGAACCUGGGCCCAAAAUUGAAGGGAGAUGUAGACAUGUCUUUGCCAAAAAUGGAAGGUGACAUCAGUGUUCCUGAUGUGGACAUAAAAGGACCCAAAGUGGACAUCAGUGCCCCAGACAUGGAUGUUCAUGGUCCAGACUGGCACCUGAAGAUGCCCAAGAUGAAAAUGCCCAAGUUCAGCAUGCCUGGCUUCAAAGGAGAGGGCCCAGAAGUGGACGUGAACCUGCCCAAGGCUGACAUUGAUGUCUCAGCACCCAAAGUGGACAUUGAUGUUCCAGAUGUGAAUAUUGAAGGUCCAGAUGCAAAACUGAAGGGCUCCAAGUUCAAGAUGCCUGAGAUGAACAUCAAGGCUCCUAAAAUAUCAAUGCCAGAUUUGGACCUUAAUCUUAAAGGCCCUACAGUGAAAGGAGAAGUGGAUGUUUCACUUCCAAAAGUUGAAGGUGAUUUGAAAGGACCUGCUCUUGACAUAAAGGGCCCAAAGAUAGAGGUAGAUGUUCCAGAUAUUGAUGUUCAUGGCCCAGAAGGCAAAUUAAAAGGUCCAAAACUGAAGAUGCCAGACAUGCAUGUGAACAUGCCCAAGAUUUCCAUGCCUGAAAUUGACCUCAAUUUGAAAGGUUCUAAGCUGAAGGGAGAUGUUGAUGUCUCUGGGCCCAAAUUAGAAGGUGACAUUAAAGCUCCUAAAUUAGACGUAAAAGCUCCAGAAGUGGACAUUUCUGGUCCGAAGGUCAACAUUGAAGGAAAAGCAAAGAAGUCUCGUUUUAAGCUUCCCAAAUUUAAUUUUUCGGGAUCCAAAGUGCAGACACCUGAAGUAGACGUCAAAGUUAAAAAGCCAGAUAUUGAUGUAACAGGUCCAAAAGUUGAUAUAAAUGCUCCUGAUGCUGAGGUACAUGGAAAAGCAAAAGGAUCCAAGUUCAAAAUGCCUUUCCUGAGUAUUUCAUCUCCAAAAGUUUCUAUGCCUGAUGUGGAAUUAAACCUGAAAGGUCCCAAAGUCAAAGGUGACUUAGACGUUGCAGGGCCUAAUUUAGAAGGUGACAUUAAAGAUCCCAAGGUCGAUAUUAAGGCACCAGAAGUCCAUCUUGAUGCACCUGAUGUCGAUGUUCAUGGUCCAGACUGGAAUUUGAAAAUGCCUAAGAUGAAAAUGCCGAAGUUCAGUGUGCCUGGCGUAAAAGCAGAAGGGCCAGAUAUGGCAGUGGAUCUUCCAAAAGGAGAUAUCAACAUAGAGGGUCCAAGUAUGAACAUUGAGGGCCCAGAUAUUAAUGUAGAAGGUCUGGAGGGAAACGUGAAAGGUCCCAAGUUCAAGAUGCCUGAGAUGAACAUCAAAGCUCCCAAGAUCUCCAUGCCUGACAUUGACUUAAACCUUAAGGGCCCCAAGGUGAAGGGUGAUGUGGAUGUGUCCCUGCCAAAAGUGGAAGGGAAUCUGAAAGGGCCUGAAGUUGAUAUCAAAGGCUCCAAAGUGGACAUUGAUGUCCCAGAUGUGGAUGUCCAUGGCCCAGACUGGCACCUGAAGAUGCCCAAGGUGAAAAUGCCCAAGUUCAGCAUGCCUGGCUUCAGAGGUGAAGGCCCAGAAGUGGAUCUGUCUCUCCCUAAAGCUGACAUUGAUAUUUCUGGUCCCAAAGUAGACCUUGAUGUUCCAGAUGUGAAUAUUGAAGGUCCAGAUGCAAAACUGAAGGGGCCCAAGUUCAAGAUGCCUGAGAUGAACAUCAAAGCUCCAAAGAUCUCCAUCCCUGACAUUGAUUUAAACCUGAAGGGACCGAAACUGAAGGGUGAUGUGGAUGUGUCUUUGCCAAAAGUGGAAGGUGAUUUAAAAGGCCCUGAAAUAGAUAUCAAGGGCCCCAAACUGGACAUAGACACUCCUGAUGUUAACAUUGAAGGCCCAGAAGGAAAGUUAAAGGGGCCCAAAUUUAAGAUGCCAGAAAUGCAUCUAAAGGCCCCCAAAAUGUCAAUGCCAGACUUUGAUUUAAACCUGAAGGGUCCCAAGAUGAAGGGUGAUGUGGAUGUUUCACUUCCCAAAAUUGAAGGAGAUCUAAAAGGCCCUGAAGUUGAUUUGAAAGGCCCUAAAGUGGACAUUGAUGUGCCAGAUGUGGAUGUCCAUGGUCCAGACUGGAACCUGAAGAUGCCCAAAGUGAAAAUGCCCAAGUUCAGCAUGCCUGGCUUCAAGGGAGAAGGCCCAGAAGUGGAUGUGAACCUGCCCAAGGCUGACAUUGACAUCUCAGGACCCAAGGUGGACAUUGAGGGACCUGAUGUGAACAUUGAGGGACCAGAGGGAAAGCUGAAGGGUCCUAAAUUUAAGAUGCCUGAGAUGAACAUCAAAGCUCCUAAGAUCUCCAUGCCUCCAGACUGGCACCUGAAGAUGCCCAAGGUGAAAAUGCCCAAGUUCCAUAUGCCUGGCUUCAAAGGUGAGGGCCCGGAAGUGGACGUGGACCUGCCCAAGGCUGAUAUUGACAUCUCAGGACCCAAAGUGGACAUUGAGGGACCUGAUGUGAAUAUUGAAGGACCAGAUGCAAAACUGAAGGGGCCAAAGUUCAAGAUGCCUGAGAUGAACAUCAAGGCUCCCAAGAUCUCCAUGCCUGACUUUGAUUUGCAUCUGAAGAGCCCCAAAGUAAAAGGUGACGUUGAUGUUUCCCUGCCCAAAGUUGAAGGUGACAUAAAAGGCCCUGAAAUUGAUAUCAAGGGUCCAAAGUUGAACAUCGACACUCCUGAUGUUAGUAUUGAAGGCCCAGAAGGGAAACUGAAGGGGCCCAAAUUUAAGAUGCCUGAGAUGCACAUUAAAGCCCCCAAAAUCUCCAUGCCUGACUUGGACUUAAAUCUGAAAGGACCAAAGGUAAAGGGGGAUGUGGACCUUUCACUCCCCAAUGUUGAAGGUGGUCUGAAAGGGCCAGAGGUGGACAUAGACUGUCCUGAAGGGAAAAUCAAAGGGCCAAAAUUUAAGAUGCCUGAUGUCCAUUUCAAAACUCCUCAAAUCUCCAUGGGUGACAUUGAUUUGAAUUUGAAAGGGCCUAAGGUAAAAGGAGAUUUGGCCAUUUCUACUCCUAAACUGGAAGGAGAUCUGAAAGGCCCCAAAAUGGACAUCAAAGGCCCUAAGCUAGACAUAGACACUCCUGACAUUGAUAUUCAUGGUCCAGAGGGGAAACUGAAGGGCCCCAAGUUUAAAAUGCCUGACCUGCACCUCAAAACCCCCAAAAUUUCCAUGCCUGAAGUGGAUCUCAAUCUGAAGGGUCCGAAGGUGAAAGGUGAUGUGGAUGUUUCUCUGCCUAAAAUGGAAGGUGAUCUAAAGGGCCCGGAAGUUGACAUCAAAGGCCCCAAAGUGGACAUUGAUGUCCCAGAUGUGGAUGUUCAUGGCCCAGACUGGCACCUGAAGAUGCCCAAGGUGAAAAUGCCCAAAGUGGACAUUGAGGGACCUGAUGUGAACAUUGAAGGUCCAGAUGCAAAACUGAAGGGGCCAAAGUUCAAGAUGCCUGAGAUGAACAUCAAGGCUCCCAAGAUCUCUAUGCCUGAUGUUGAUCUGGAUUUGAAAGGACCCAAAAUUAAAGGAGAUUUUGAUGUGUCUGUCCCUAAGAUUGAAGGUAAUUUCAAAGGCCCUGAUGUAGAUCUUAAAGGCCCCAGUCUGGAUUUUAAAGGCCCUGAUGCCAAACUCAGUGGUCCCAAUUUGAAGAUGCCAUCACUUGAUAUAUCUGCUCCUAAAAUAUCUGCUCCUGAUAUUGAUUUGCAUCUCAAGGCACCAAAAAUUGGAGUUUCUGCUCCCAAAUUAGAAGGUGGUGAAUUGGACUUCAAGGGACCCAAGGCUGAGUUAGAAGCUCCAAGCUUAGAUGUGCACAUGGAGAGUCCAGAUGUAAACAUUGAAGGGCCAGAUAUUAAAGUCCCCAAAUUUAAGAAACCUAAGUUUGGAUUUGGGGCAAAAGGCCCCAAAGCUGACAUUAAGCCACCGUCGGUAGAUGUGACUCUGCCGGAUGCAGAGCUGAAUGUGGAGACUCCUGAAAUUAGUAUUGGUGGCAAAGGCAAGAAAAGUAAGUUUAAAAUGCCUAAAAUUCACAUGAGUGGUCCUAAAGUGAAGGCCAAAAAGCAAGGAUUUGAUUUGAAUGUUCCUGGAGGUGAAAUCGAUGCCAGUCUCAAGGCUCCGGAUGCAGAUCUCAGUGUCACUGGGCCUGAUGCCUCACUUAAGGUUGAUGUGAAGUCUCCCAAAGCUAAGAAACCUAUGUUUGGAAAGAUGUACUUCCCAGAUGUAGAGUUUGACAUCAAAUCACCCAAAUUUAAAGCAGAGGCCCCUCUCCCAAGCCCCAAAUUGGAAGGUGAAAUCCAGGCUCCUGAUCUGGAUAUUUCCUCACCAGGCGUUAACGUGGAAGGUCCUGACAUCAAGCUGAAGACUCCCAAGUUCAAGAUGCCAGGUGUUGAUGUCUCAGGGCCAAAAAUAGAGGGCGACUUGAAAGGCCCCAAGAUACAGGCAAACUUGAACGCCCCUGACGUCAGCAUCCAAGGCCCGGAUGCUAAAAUCAAAGCCCCGUCCUUUGGCAUUACUGCCCCUGAAGUCUCCAUCCCUGAUGUGAAUGUGAACUUGAAAGGACCAAAGAUAAAGGGAGAUGUUCCCAGUGUGGGGCUGGAAGGACCAGAUGUAGAUCUGCAGGGUCCUGAAGGGAAAAUCAAGUUCCCCAAGUUUUCGAUGCCCAAAAUUGGUGUCCCUGGCGUGAAGAUUGAGGGUGGGAAAGCUGAGGUCCAUGGCCAGCUGCCCUCUCUGGAAGGAGGCUUGAGUACACCAGAUGUGAAGCUUGAAGGGCCUGAUAUUUCUCUGAAGGGGCCACAAGUAGACUUGCCUUCAGUGAACCUCUCCAUGCCCAAAGUCUCUGGGCCUGACCUUGACCUCAACUUGAAAGGACCAAGUGUGAAGGGAGACCUGGAUGUGUCUGCUCCCAGCAUGAAGGUGCAUGGCCCAGGCCUUAACCUCAAAGGUCUUGGUGGAAAGAUGCAAGUGGAAGGAGAUGGAGUGAAAGUGUCAGGCAUCGAUUCCUCGGCGUCACUUAAUGUUCAUGCACCAGAUGUGACCUUGAAGGGACCAAGCUUGCAAAGAGACUUGAAUGUCUCUGGCGACAUCAAAUGCCCACGAGUCUCAGUAGGUGCUCCUGAUCUCAGCUUGGAAGCAUCUGAAGGUGGACUUAAACUUCCCAAAAUGAAGCUUCCCCAGUUUGGCAUCUCUACUCCAGGGUCCGACAUGGACAUUGACAUCAAGGGACCGCAAGUGACUGGAGAACUGAAGGGGCCAGGCAUGGACGUGAACCUCGGAGGUGUGAGUCUGAAAGGGCCUCAGUUAUCUGGCCCUCAAGUCUCAGCACCAGAUGUGGACUUGAGCUUAGAAGGACCAAAAAUCAAAGGAGAGAUGAAAGCCCCCUCUAUUGGUGGUGGUGUUGGCAGCGUCAGUGUUCCAGGUCUUGAAGGAAGCUUCCAGAUGCCCGGAAUCAAGUCCUCUGGCUGUGAUGUGAACGUGAAGCUCCCGAAGGGGCAAAUUUCUGGUCCUGAAAUCAAAGGCGACUUGAAAGGUUCAGGCUUCGGUUUCGAUGGGGCUGCUCCUGAUAUCAGUGUGAAGGGACCUUCACUUCAUGUGGGGGCUCCUGGGUCAGAUUUCAAUGUUGCUUUGAAGGGCCCGAAGAUCAAAGGAGGUGUGGAUGUUUCUGGAGGUGUUACUGCCCCAGAUAUCAGCCUGGGUGAAGGACAUAUCAAAGGUUCUGGAGGGGAGUGGAAGGGACCCCAGAUCUCCUCCGCUCUCAACUUGGAUGCAUCUAAAGUGGCUGGAGGUCUUCAUUUCUCAGGACCAAAGGUGGAAGGCAGCAUGAAAGGAGGCCAAGUUGGACUCCAGGGGCCUGGGCUGAGUGUAUCUGGACCUCAGGGCCACUUGGGAGGCGGAUCUGGAAAAGUUUCAUUCCCCAAGAUGAAGAUUCCCAAAUUCACCUUCUCUGGUCGGGAGCUGGUUGGCAGAGAGGUGGGGGUGGAUAUUAACUUCCCCAAAGCCGAGGCCACUGUCCAGGCUGGCGCUGUGGAGGGGGAAUGGGAAGAGCCUGAAGUCAAACUGAAGAAGUCCAAGAUAAAAAUGCCCAAGUUCAAUUUCUCUAAACCUAAAGGGAAAGGCGGGGCCACCAGCUCACCCGAGGCGUCCAUCUCAGGGUCAAAAGGUGACCUGAAGAGCUCGAAGGUCAGCUUGGGCUCUCUGGAAGGUGAGGCAGAGGGCGAAGCAUCCUCUCCCAAAGGCAAAUUCUCUUUAUUUAAGAGCAAGAAACCCCGGCACCGCUCAAACUCUUUCAGUGAUGAAAGGGAGCUCUCCGCGCCUUCUACCCUGACUGGGACUUUGGAGUUUGAAGGUGGGGAAAUGUCCUUGGAAGGCGGAAAGGUCAAAGGGAAACAUGGAAAGCUGAAAUUUGGUACCUUUGGUGGAUUGGGGUCAAAGAGCAAAGGUCAUUAUGAGGUGACCGGAAGUGAUGAGGAGGCAGGCAAGUUACAGGGGAGCGGUGUGUCCUUGGCCUCAAAGAAGUCCCGACUGUCAUCCUCAUCCAGCAAUGACAGUGGGACCAAGGUUGGCAUCCAGCUUCCUGAGGUGGAACUGUCAGUUUCCACUAAGAAAGAGUAG